UCAAGCAUAUUGUACAAAUCCAUUUUACAGAUGGCUUAUUCCGCUACAUUUUAUCAUCAUCAAAUCCAGCAGUUAUCAAUUCGGGCGAUUUUUAUUUUGUAGUCGUUGACAUCUUCAAGAAAUUAUAACAAUUCCAGUUUUGGAUUUUCCUUUUUUUCCCCACUUGAAUGUACAGAAAAUUGAAGACUGGAAGCUUUUGAAUUCUGACCAUUCAACUGUGAGCCUAACUCCAACUCUCGUUUAACUUCCGUUUUGUGAAAAUGACACCAAACUUAUUACUAGUCGGAGGUACUGGAACUCUGUCUUUCAACAGUCUGUUUAAAAGGCUUCCAUUAGUUUCUAGUACUUUAGGGGUUUAGAGGGGAUAUUUUAGUUACAGGUAUAUCGUAUUUGAUGAGAUUGGAGUGGAUUUGAGGGAGAACAGGAUUCCAGAGGGGUGAGAAUAUGGGGACUGUGGGUGGGGAAGGACUGUUAAAUUGGGACAAAAGGCAAGGUAUUGGGAAUGGAAAAGAAGAGAAGAUUUUAGUAUUGGUGAGGUUGAGGCCUUUGAGUGAAAAGGAGAUUGCAAGGAACGAAGCUGUGGAUUGGGAAUGCAUUAAUUCAACCACCAUUUUAUGCCGGAACAGCCUCCAGGAGCGGUCUGGAUUGCCAUCCGCUUAUACAUAUGACCGAGUCUUUAAGGGUGACUGCAGUACAAGGGAAGUUUAUUUGGAAGGAAUGAACGAUGCUGCGCUUUCCGCUGUUGUUGGCAUCAACUCAACCAUUUUUGCAUAUGGCCAAACAAGCAGUGGAAAGACAUACACUAUGAAUCGAAUCACUCAGUAUGCAGUGGCUGAUAUUUACAGUUACAUAGAAAAGCAUGAAGAAAGAGCAUUUGUUUUGAAGUUUUCUGCACUGGAAAUUUAUAACGAAGUUGUUACAGACCUUCUUAGUACAGACAAUUCUCCGCUUAGACUGCUUGAUGAUGCAGAGAGAGGAACUGUAAUAGAGAAACUCACUGAGGAAACCCUGACGGAUUGGAGUCAUCUCAAGGAACUUUUAUCCAUGUGUGAAGCAAAAAGACAAACUGGAGAGACAUCUUUAAAUGAAACAAGCUCUAGAUCCCAUCAAAUUCUCAGAUUGGCAAUUGAAAGUUCUGGUCGUGAGUUUUUAGGGAAGGAAAACUCGACAACCCUUGCUGCUUCUGUGAAUUUCGUUGAUCUGGCAGGAAGUGAGCGUGCAGCUCAAGCACUAUCAGCCGGGCAAAGAUUGAAAGAAGGCUGCCACAUCAAUCGUAGUUUGCUAACUCUGGGGACUGUUAUUCGCAAGCUAAGCAAAGAAAGACAGGGACAUGUCAAUUACAGAGACUCUAAGUUAACACGUAUUCUACAACCCGCCUUGGGAGGCAAUGCAAGAACUGCCAUCAUUUGCACCUUGAGUCCUACAAGAAGCCAUAACGAGCAAUCAAGAAAUACCCUUUUGUUUGCCAGCUGUGCAAAGGAAGUGACAACAAAUGCUCAGGUCAAUGUAGUGAUGUCCGAUAAAGCCUUGGUGAAACAUCUGCAAAAAGAGGUGGCUCAUUUGAAGAGCGAGUUAAGAACCCAAGGAUCAACUUGUGAUCAUAUUGCAUUGCUAAGAAAGAAAGAUACGCAGAUCGAAAAGUUAGAGAAAGAGGUGAGGGAUCUAACCAAGCAACAAGAGCUUUCUCAAUCCCGGGUUGAGGAUUUGUUGCAAGUUGUUGGAAAUGACAAAACUUUAUGGAAAAUGGAUAUUAUUACCUGUUCUCCUAAAUGGCAAGAAGAGAAAACAUAUAAAGAUGAAUGUUCAGUGACAAGCCUGUCGAGUGGAACUGAUUGUGCCGGGAGCCUCAACAGAAUUCGGUCUUAUAGCGGAGACAUCAGGAGUGAUGGGACAUCAGGUGUACUGCUUUCAGAAGAUGGUGAGUAUCACUCAUCGUCUGAUGAUACUUCCAACCCGAGUCAGGGGAGAGAGGAACUUCCGGUAGGAACUGAAAAAGAUUCUGAUGAUAUCUUUAAAGAAGUUCAAUGUAUUGAGAUGGACGAAUAUGGCCACGACAAAACAUAUGAAUCAUUUGGCUUGUCAAACAACGAGAAUGAAAAAAGAAUGUCAAUAUUGUUGGAAACUGGAAAUGAAUAUGCUGUGGGUCAGGUGCCAUUAUCUGCUUUACCUGGACGUGCUUGUGUCAUUGAAAAUGGUUCCUUCAAUGGGACGCUGGAGCAGAAAAUGGAAAAGGAGCACAAAUCAAUUUCUUCUCUAGUCAGCUCCUACUCCGAUGAAUCGUCUCCAAGGGCCUCGUUUAUCAAUAUGCCAAGUUCUGGAACCUCGAAGUUGACAAGAAGCCAAAGUUUUAGAGGAAAACUGAUGACUGGCUCGUCUCACUCUGUGAUGGCAUAUAAAAGUGAAUCGAUGCCACCCUCUGAGUUGGACAAAAGCUUCCCCGGAGGACCGGAAGGCUUCCAAAGAAUGCAUUGGAAGCGAUUGAUAUAUGGUGAAUAUGGUGCGAGGCUGUCCAGAAAUGAUUCACAAUCCUCCAGUGGUAGCACUUCCAUAGAUGAAGUAAAAGCUCAAAACAUCGCACAUGGAGAUGAGGAUAUUCCUACUCUUGAUUCUUUCUUUGCAGGGCUCCAGGACAUGGCUGAGCUUCAUUAUGAAAACCAACUUCACGAUCAGGUUCAGGAGAUGGAACUGAAAUCUAGAGAGAAUGCCAAAGACAUUGGGAUUGAUCCAAUGCAUGAUUCUCUUGGAGCUCCUUCAGAUUGGCCUCUGAAGUUUGAGAGGCUGCAAAGAUUGAUAAUUGAAUUGUGGCAUACUUGUAAUAUUCCGUUGGUCCACAGGACAUAUUUCUUCCUCCUCUUUAAAGGUGAGUUCAUAGAUUUCAUUUACAUGGAGGUAGAGCACAGGAGACUGUCCUUCCUGGAGGAGACAUUCUCUACGGGAAAUCCUACUGCACAAGAUACUCGCACUCUUACGUUGGCAAUAAGCAACAACAUGAAAGCUCUUAGACGCGAGAGGGAGGUGCUGAGAAGGCUUAUGUAUAAAAGGUAUACUCGAGAUGAAAGAUAUCGAAUUUAUCAGAAAUGGGGCAUAAAUACGAACUCGAAGCAAAGGAGGUUAAAGUUAUUACAUCGUCUAUGGAGUGACACUAAAGAUAUGGAUCACAUUGGAGAUAGUGCUGCUAUUGUUGCAAAGCUGAUUGGAUUCUCAGAUAAAGGGCAAGCCCUUAAGCUGAUGUUUGGCCUUAGCUUCAUUCCAUCAUGCAAAAGUCCAAGAUCCUUUAGCUGGAAAAAGAGUAUGAAAUCCCUUCUGUGAGCUUGUAGAUAGUUGAGAACUACAGGACUAUGUUUGGUCAAGAGAAUUAGAUAGUACACGACAACAGUAAGGAAGAAAAAUAAAGCUAAAAUGUUAAUUGCUAUACUAUCUAGUCCUCUCUUUUGUGUACCAAACGUACACUUAUGUUGAGUUGUUAGUAGGCUUGUCGAAGAAUUAUUAUUAUUAUUUUUAAAAGCAAUUGUGACGUAGAAAUUGUUAUCCUCCCCCCCCCCCCUCUCUCUCGAAAUUGUUGUGUAUUGAGAAUUUGACUCUCUCUUGAGAACCACAGCUCGUCAAAUAGAAAUGAGAUCACGAUUGUAACCCUCUUAUGAUAUG